AGCGGGCCCCCGGCCGAGCCCCGCCAUGGGCGCGGCGGGCUCUGGCUGCGGCCCCUGCCAGCCCUGCGCCCACGGCCCGGGCUGGAACCAGACGAGGCCUCCAGAAAACCUGAGGUUCGCCCCAUGUUUUCAGCAUGCAAUCUUGGCCUGGAUCCCGUGUGUCUACCUGUGGGUCUUUGGCCCCUUCUACUUUGUGUACAUCCACCGGCACAGCAGGGGAUACAUCCGGAUGUCUCGUCUCUUCAAAGUUAAAAUGGUACUGGGCUUCGCCUUGAUAUCGCUCUGCUUUUUAAACCUCUGCUUCACCCUUUGGAAAAUAAAACAAGGCACCCCGCAAGCCCUGGAAUUCCUCGUUAACCCCGCCUUGUCGCUCAUCACAAUGAGCCUCACAGUGUACCUGAUUCAUUUUGAAAGACUGAAGGGUGUCCAGUCUUCGGGCGUCUUGUUCGUUUACUGGUUGCUCUCGUUUCUGGUCACACUGGUCACGCUAAGUGCGACGGUUCAGCAUGCCUUGCAAGGAGGCUUCCCCGAAGACACCUUCCGCCAUAUUGCCUCCUAUUUUUAUUCUGCUCUGGUCGGGGCACAGUUCGUGAUCUCUUUCUUUGCUGACCAGCCUCCGUUCUUCGCUAAAGCUCCUCAGGAGUCGAACCCGUGUCCUGAAUCCGGAGCCUCUUUCCCUUCCAAAGUCACAUUCUGGUGGUUUUCCAGGUUGGUUUGUCAAGGCUACAGAAGGCCCUUGGAACCUGCCGACUUAUGGUCCCUGCAGAGAGAAAAUUCGUCAGAAGAACUCGUAUCUCAGCUCGAGAGGGAAUGGAGAAAGUACCAUCACCAAACCCAGUGGAGCCCGGAGGCGGUGGCAUCGAACAGAGACGGGGAGCUCAGAGACGAGCUCGCAGCCCCACGAGAAACUCAGCCUUUCCUGCAGCCGGAGCAGAGCCGGAGUUGCCCUUUGCUGAAGGCCAUUUGGAGGGUGUUUGGCCUCAGUUUCCUCCUCGGUUCUCUCAGCUUAGUCGCCUGCGACGCCUUCACGUUUUCCAUCCCUAAGAUCUUGAGCCUUUUCCUGGAAUUCAUCAGUGACCUGGCGGCUCCUGGCUGGAAGGGCUAUUUCUGUGCAGUGCUACUGUUUCUCGUAAACUCUCUGAAGAUCCUGUUUGAACAACACUACAUGUACGUGUGCUUUGUGUUAGGAAUGAGGCUGAAGACCGCCCUCGUCGGCCUGAUAUAUCGAAAGGUCUUAGCUCUGUCCAGCGCCGCAAGGAAGGCCACUGCAGUGGGAGAGAUCGUAAACCUGGUGUCCGUGGACGUGCAGCGGCUGGUGGACGCCGUCGUGUAUUUUAACGGCAUCUGGAUCUGUCCCAUCUGGAUCAUCAUCUGCUUUAUCUUCCUUUGGCAGCUUUUAGGUCCAUCUGCUUUGAGUGCUCUUGCCGUUUUCCUGUUCCUCCUGCCCCUGAAUUUUGUCAUCACUAAGAAGAGGAGCCGCUUUCAGGAGGAGCAGAUGAGGCAGAAGGACCAUCGAGGCACGCUCACCAGUUCAAUCCUCAGUAACGUUAGGAUUAUUAAGUUCCACGGCUGGGAGAAAGCCUUCAUGGAGAAAGUACUGCACAUCAGAAAGGAAGAACUGCAGGCCUUGAAGAAGUCGGGACUACUCUUUUCAGUAUCUCUGGUGUCUUUCCACCUGUCCACAUUUCUGGUCGCUUUGGUCAUGUUUGCCGUCUACACUCUUUCAGAUGAGAAGAACAUCCUGGAUGCCCAGAAAGCCUUCGUUGCUCUGAUGCUCAUCAACAUCCUCAACAGGGCCCAGGGUUUUCUACCGCUUUCCCUCCACACCACCAUCCAGGCGAAGGUGUCCCUGGCCCGCCUGGCUGCCUUUCUCAGCCUUGAAGAGAUAGAGCCCAACGCGGUUGUCGCUAGCCCAAAAGGCAGCUCCGGAGAUUGCAUCACGAUCAAAAAUGGAAGUUUCGCUUGGUCCCGAGAGAGUUCUCCAUGCCUCCGGAGGAUAAGUUUGGCGGUACCUCGGGGCCACCUGCUAGCUGUGAUUGGCUCCGUGGGAGCAGGGAAGUCCUCCUUGCUGGCCGCCCUCCUUGGAGAGCUGUCAAAACUGGAUGGACAAGUCAACAUUGAGGGCUCCGUCGCCUACGUGCCCCAAGAGGCCUGGGUCCAAAACGCCUCCGUGGAAGAGAACGUGUGCUUUGGGCAGGAGCUGGAGGAGCCGUGGUUUUCCCGAGUGUUGGAGGCGUGUGCCCUGCAGCCGGACCUAGCCGCUCUCCCCGCCGGAGUCCACACCGAAAUCGGAGAGCAGGUGGCCUUUCAGCUAGGCAUUAACAUCUCCGGAGGACAGAAGCAGAGGGUGAGUCUGGCCCGCGCUGUGUACAGAAGGGCAUCGGUGUACCUGCUGGACGACCCCCUCUCUGCGGUGGACGCCCGUGUCGGCCAGCACAUAUUUGAUCACAUCAUUGGGCCCAAUGGCUUACUCAAGGAUACGACGCGGAUCCUCGUCACUCACACGCUCAGCGUUCUGCCUCGGGUUGACAGCAUCGUCAUGCUGGUGGACGGGGCGAUCGCCGAGAUCGGCUCCUACCAGGAGUUGGUGCGGAGAAACGGAGCCUUCGUGGACUUCUUGUGUCAAUCCAGUCAGGCGGAGGACGCGGGGGAUGGAGAAACAGCACACUCAGCAGCAGCCGGGACAUCCAAGAUCAGCUUUGCCUCCAAGAACAGGAAUUUCCCAGGAGAGGUGGACAGGGGCAGGACCGGACCGACUCUCAUGGGGAAAGAUGCAGCAGCUUCCAAACACCAGUCGAAGAUUCACGUGGCAGGCCCAGAUGUCAGUGGGCGGCUGACAGAAGAGGACCGAGUGCAGACGGGAAGGGUGAACCUAGGCCUCUACCUCGCCUAUGUGAGGGCGGCAGGGACUCCGGGCUGCCUCAUCACCCUGCUGUUUUUCCUCUGUCAGCAAGUGGCCUCGUUCUCUAGCAGUUACUGGCUCAGCUUGUGGGUAGAUGACCCCAUCACCAACGGCGUCCAGCAGCACACCAGACUGAGGCUCGGAGUCUUCGGAGCGCUGGGCUUCCUCCAAGCCAUGGGGAAGUUCGGCUCCAUCGCUGCCGUCCUGCUGGGAGGAGCGUGCGCCUCUCACCGAUUGUUCCGAGAGCUCCUGCGGAGUGUCUCCCGCUGCCCCAUGGGCUUCUUCGAGAAGACGCCGGUGGGCAACCUGCUCAACCGCUUCUCCAAGGACACGGACGCCAUAGACGCUGAGAUCCCCGACAAGCUCAAGUCCUUCUUGGGGUUCCUGUGUGGACUCCUGGAGGUCUGCCUGGUGGUGGUGGUGGCCACCCCAAUGGCGGCUUUGGUGAUCCUGCCGCUCCUCUUGUUCUACGGCGUGUUUCAGAGCUUCUACGUGGCCAGUUCCUGCCAGCUGCGGCGCCUGGAAUCCGCCAGCCAGUCCCCCAUCUACUCCCACAUCUCGAUGACCUUCCAGGGGAGCAGUGUGAUUCGCGCUUUCCGGGCCCAGAGCCGGUUUGUCUCCCGGAGCGACGGCCACGUGGAUGAGAAUCAAAGAGUCAGCUUCCCCAGGCUGGUGGCCGACCGGUGGCUGGCUACCAACCUGGAACUUCUGGGAAACGGCAUCGUCCUCUCCGCCGCGGUCUUCGCAGUGAUAAGCAGAGCCCACCUCAGUCCCGGGAUCGUGGCCUUCUCAGUCACCACUUCUCUGCAGGUCACUGAAAUCCUGCACUGGGUGGUGCGUUCCUGGACCAGCCUGGAGAACAACAUUGUUUCAGUGGAAAGGGUGACAGAAUAUUCUAAGACACCAAAGGAGGCUCCCUGGACCGUGGCCAGCUCGCCAUUGCCCAAGACGUGGCCCGAUGAGGGACGGAUUGAGUUCCAGAACUACGGUCUCCGGUAUCGAGCCGGGCUGGCACUGGCUUUGAGGGACGUAACCGUGACCAUCUUGCCUCGGGAGAAGGUUGGCAUCGUGGGCAGGACCGGGGCCGGGAAAUCGUCCCUAGCCGUCGGCCUGUUGAGGCUCUUCGAGGCUGCGGAGGGAUGUAUCCGGAUCGACGGGGUCAACAUCGCCCAGAUUGGGCUCCACCAUCUCAGAUCCAAAAUCACCAUACUCCCCCAGGAUCCCAUUUUGUUCCCCGGCUCCCUGAGGAUGAAUCUCGAUCUCCUGCACGAACAUCCCGACGGCGACAUCUGGACAGCCCUGGAGCUGGUUCAGCUCAAGGCCUUCAUCACAGACCUGCCCGGCCGCCUGGACCACGUCUGCUCGGACCAAGGAGAGAACGUGAGCGUGGGCCAGAAGCAGCUCCUGUGCCUGGCCAGGGCGCUGCUCCGGAAGACCAAGAUCCUCGUCCUGGACGAAGCCACGGCGGCGGUGGACCCCCAGACGGACCUCCAGAUCCAGGCCACCUUGAGGACCCAGUUUGCCAACUGCACGGUCCUCACCAUAGCCCACCGCCUCAACACGGUCAUGGACUGCGACAGGGUGUUGGUCAUGGACGACGGACAGGUGGUCGAAUUUGACUCUCCGGCCCAGCUGCUGAGGCGGAAGGGACUGUUCUACAGACUGGCUGAGGAGUCCGGCCUGGUCUGACGGCGAGCCGGCGGCCCGACCGCGGGCCAAGAGGGGUCGGGAUCCGCCCUGGGAUCCAGUGGAUGAGGGCUCACUGGGUGGAAUCUCAAGGGAUUCGGUCCAGAUUCCCCGGUGAAACCCCCAAAUGGCCGCCAACUCCUUGGGAAACCAUCACCGUCUUCCCGCUUCGGAGGUUCAGUCUUCACGUCGGGCUCAGAACGGCUUCUGUGAUCGGUGGCCGAGCCCGAUCCUUUAAGCCAAAAAGACUUGGCCGCGGGGACGGCUCUGGAUUCAUCCGAGUUGCGGGCGUCACUGCCACAUCUCUCCGACUGGGGAGGUUCCCCUCUGGGGGAUGUUUUAUCCAGGCCAAGGGGGAGCAUAAUAGGUCCUCCUCAGCCCCGGCUCCAUGGAGGUGACCCGGCAGCCACUGGGAGAGGACGUGAGUUUCCAGGUGAACGGAACUCCUGCCUCUACUCCAGAGAGCUCAACAGGGAAUAAAUUCUCCCCCGUUAACGGCU